AAUAGUACGAGAAAACGUAGGAAGUCAAAAAACUCAGAAACGAUCGAAAAAACUAAAAUUCUCAGAACUUGACUCAUAAGUCAAGUAAUUGCUGCUUUUCUACAACCACUCAUAACGACAGACAAAAAUGGAGCUCUAUUCUAGAACCUGUAGUCAAGCACGAGGUAUAUUUGUGUCAAAACUUAGUACAAAUACGGAAAUACCUACCGAAGACCCUCCAAAGAUCCUCUGAAGAUCCUUUGAAGAUCUUGAACAAUUCUAAAACCAAUUGCAUUGGAUUCUACAUGUUUUUUUACCUGUAUUCAUCUCAUUUUAUCAAGAUUUGAUCAUAGAAUUCGUGAUUAAUUCGAUAUUCUGUUCUUCAACUGUUUCACACCUUUACUCGCUUCGUCCUUGUUGUUGAUGGUAUUUCUCAGCAACGAGGUGAAAGUUAGCAAAAGUAAUAGCAACUUUUGUAGCCCGUCAAAGGGCGAUUCGAAUGAGAUAUGGAUGAAGACUAUACCUAUAAAGACCACAGACUUGAUGUCUUUACCACGAACGUCAAACCGACUUGGGUUGACUCGGGGCGGGUCUGAAUUUCUAGCGUGGAUGCGUCAUAUCGGAUCACGCUCUAAGUAACUUUUCUAGACUCACUGCGACGUGAGGAAUCCGAAUAUGUUAUUAUUAUUCACUAAAAGUGCAAGGGAGAAGAAAUAAACAAAAUUUUAUGUUAAAUAUCGAAUUUUUUGCAAACUGGACAAGAACGAAGUAUUUCGAGGUUUUCUCCACGAAGGAAAGGACUAGAAUUUUUUCAAAGGUGAUAUUUGGGAUCACCUCUUCAAGGGCUAUCGCCUGAUGUAUGCUUCAUACAGAUAUAUCAUCUGCUGAAACUUUGAAUUACCCGCGCCUUACGCUUUUCUGAGAUUUGAAUAGCAUCAUAUAUAUUUUAACUUUUAUCCGAUGUGAUAGUGUUACCGAAUGAUUCAACCUGCAUGUACAUGUAAUCGACAACGCUGAUUUCAAAUAUCAUAAUGAAAAUGUGCAAAAAAUUCAGGUUCUGAUUUGUGCCAACAAAACUGCGGUAAAAAUUCUACUACUAUUCUCGAAUAGAAAAAAUAAAGAAAAACACGACACAGUAGCAUGUUUUUUAAGCCGCCGCACGCAAGGUGGGAGUUCAAGUACGAUCAGCAAAAUACAAUAACUUGACAAGGGUUGGCAACCAGCUCUGCUUGUCAAACUAGCAGACUCUCAGUGCCAGUCCAUCUUUGGCUGUGGGUGAAAGAUUGGCUGACCGGACGAACGGCUUUUAUUUCUUUCCGAAACCUCGAAUCAUUAGUUUUUUUACUCGAGUGGGGUCUACUCCAAGGUUAGAUCUUGUCGGCUCCGACUUAUAUUAUUUACAUUUCUGACACCCCCAACGUAGUUUUUCACGGCUCGGAUGACCAUUUCUAUGCGGACGAUAUUGAAUUCUUUGUCUAAAUAAUGUUCGCACAAUAUUUCUAGAAUACAAAUCUACGACCCCGUAUUCCAACCGUUCAUUUCAAUGCUGCAUCUUCUCCCUCUCCUUUAUCCCCACGUGUUUCAUCCUCUGAUAACAAUUUAAAAAUUAUUUACAAUCCAGCUACUAAGCUUAUUGCAUACCAAAGUAACUUUGAUCCACGUGAUCAUAACGACGCACAACAAAAAGGCACUGCAAAUGCAAAUGUCAACAACAAACAGAAAACAGCUACAAAAACAGCAGGAGCUUCAACAUCAACUCUGAGAAAAUAUGUUAGUGAUUCCGCCGAUUUUUCAGACUCAGAAGAUGAAAGUAAAUAUGAUGAAGACUAUUUAAGCAAUAAGGAAAGUUUGGUGAUACAACUAUCAAAUACAUUUGCAAAAAUGACAUUAAGUUGGAAAACGCAAUUUUCAAUUACUAAUAGGGCUUAUGUUUCAUUAAUCGAACUUGCACGGAAGCUGGACCGAAGUUUGCCACAAUUUAAAGUUGUCAGCAAGUUAAAACAAACAAUUCAAGCACAAAUUCCAUUACAAGAAUGCAAAUAUGGCUGGUAUCUACAUGUGUUUCAUCCUAUUGGUAUUUUAAUCGAAUUUCAAACGAGCAAACAAAUUAUACGAGCCGAAUAUAUUGAUCCAGUCUAUGGGUCUAAUUUCAUUCCAGAUAGAUUACAAAGGCAAUUAGAUAAAGUUUAUUCAUCUGUUGUACUUCAGACAAAGGAUUUAUUAAAGAAUAAUGACCGAAAACAUAGUGCAGAAUUAACCAUUAAAAAUUUAUUAACUGCAAUUGAAAACGAUCAACGUUCAGAUGACAUUCAUCAAGACAAGCGUCAACCAUAUGGCAAUAUUCUGGACGGAAAUGAAUUAAGCACAUAUUCAACUGAAUCAAAAUCAAUGCACUCGCUGCAAAACGACAGCACCAUUCGAACACCUACCACAUCCAUGCCAACAGAAGGUAAUGAUUAUAAUCUUGUUGAACUAGAACAACAAUUGAAGGACGGUCCCGAAAAACUAAACAUUCAAUUUGAAGAGGGGGGAAGAAGAGAUGAUGCUGAGAAAGCAAAGAAUUAUUUGUAUAACCUUCAGAAAUUACAAAAAAUUUCGAAAAUAAUUGAUCCUAAAUCCGUCUCGAGCAUUUCCAGUAGAGAUGACGAGCCCAAUCGGAAUAGAACUGACAGACAAGAUCGCAUAGGUUCAACCAUAAAUAGUGGUAACAACUCAAGUUUAGUAGAUAUUCUGUACGAAAUUCUAAAAAAAAUCAGACCAUUGAAUAUACCAUUGAUUCAACGACUUGUCUCUAAAACAGAAAAUGCUGCUGUAUUAAUUCGUGAUAAAGAGAUAGUAUUAUUAUUAGGUGAGACUGGUAGUGGAAAAUCUACUAUGAUUCAUUUCCUCGCAGGUUCUGAGAUGAAUGAGAUUGAAGUAGAAAUUAAACCCGGCAAAUUUUUGCAACAUGUUACAGCAGUUGGACCUAAUAAGAAUCCUGGAUUAAACAAUGUGACAAGUAGUCCAUUGCAUAAGUCAGAAACGCGGUAUAUUGCACCAGUUACAGUACAGCUGAAGGAUAUUCUUGGUAGUCAUGAGAGUGGUGUGAUUGUUUUAUGUGAUGCACCCGGAUUUGCUGAUACUGCAGGUGCAGAAGUAGAUAUUGCCAAUAGUGUUGGAGUUAUUGAAGCUCUUAAAGGAGCUCAAAGUGUCAGGUUACUUGCUUUAUCAAAUUUUCAGAAUUUAGGAAAGAGAGGUGAAGGAAUCCAGAAAUUGGCUCAUAUAUUGAUAAAAAUGAUACAUAAAAUAGAAGACAGACUUGAUGCAAUUAUUUAUGCAUUCACACAAUAUCCGGAUAAUAAAGAUAUUAAUGCUAUAUUAACGGAUAUUCAACGUUCGAAAGUAGAGAGUGAUCAAUUUUUGCGCUCGGAUAUUGCAUUUGUCACCGUAUUAAAAGAUAUGAUCGAGAAAACCGAAGAAAAUACCUAUCGAAUUGAUCCUGUUCGUAGUGAUCCAAAAAUAUUAAUGAAAAAAUUAAAACGUUUAAACGGUAUUCAAUAUCCAGAAGAUGUUUUUCAAGUUUCUAUGAGCGAAGAAACACGAGCUAGUAUUGAUAAUCAUGUUCAAAGAGAUAAAUUUAAUAUUAUUUGUGCAAUGAAACAUAAGAAUUGUGAACUUGUUAUGUAUUACUUAAAUGAUUUGAAAAUAUUACAAGAUUUAAUAAAGCAAAGUUUUGUUCGAGAUACUUAUGAAAGUUCCAUUCGUUUCAUAAGUGAAAAUAUUAAUGAAUUUUGUACAAAAAUAAAGAAAAAAUUUAAUCGUACUUUAGCUAGUCAAGAUGGAUUAGGAGAAGAUGAUAUUCGUGAUUAUAAAAUUUCUGCUGAACAUUUUCAACAAAUUCAAAUUUUAAAAGAAUAUUUAGGAUCAUAUUUAUUAUCACCUGAAACAUUGUUGCAAAAUAUCAUUUCCGAAUUACAUGAAAGAAGUCGAGUUUUGACUGAAGAAAAUUUGUUUAAUCCUUUAGUUGGAAUAUAUUUGAAUAAUCUUUACAUGCUUAAAAACUCAUUUAAAGAACUUGAAAUGUUCUAUCGUGAACAAGUUGAAGAGACAUAUCACAAUACUGUCGAAUAUCUUUUGCAACAUUUAAGUAAUUUUUCUGAAAACGCAGAUCCUCUUUUACAAAAGUGUAAAUUGGAUUCGCAAGAAACCUUUACUGAUUUGAAUGAGAUUUAUAAUAAUUUUAUUAUAAAAAUUAUAAAAUAUUUUGGUGAAAUUAAUGUUAAAAUUGAAGAACUUUUUAAAAGAAGUAGAGAUCUUGCUUUAGAAGAUAUACAGAAAUUAGUCGAUGAUAUGGAUGCUAUUCGUACCAUUCCAGAACUAGAAUCAAAGACUGCUGGAACAUAUUAUCGUACUGUUGAAAAUAUACGUGGUUAUAUGCAGGAAUUGCAAAUAGAAGCAGAACAACUAUUAUUUAAUAUAGAUCACCAGGCCAGAACUAUUAAUUAUAGACAUCUUGCGCAGUCAUUGUUGUGUUUGAAAAAUGCGGAAUGGAUUAAUCGUGUUAGUCCAGGAACGUAUGAUGCUUUAAUGCGUCGUAUUAUAGAAGAGUUAGUUCAACAUGCUUGUCAAUUGGAAGAUCGCUUAAUAAAAGUAGAUUAUAGUUUGAAAAAUCCACAUAAUGUUUCUGUUGCGCAAGUGAUUGUUGAAAAAAUCGAAUCAAUGCGUGAUUUAGAGCGUAGUGUUCCAGAACUUGAAAAGCAUAGAAAAAAUGUACUCCAACGAUUUUUACAAUGUACACAGGCAGCCUUCGAUCGUAUACAAAAAACUUUCAAUUUACAGAAUAAAGAUGUUUACCUAAUAAAACAAGAAUUGAAAAAUCUGGAAGAAAUUAAAAAAGAAUGUGAUAAUUUACAUCCAGCUCGUAUAUUUUUACAAAAACAUGAAUAUUCAGAUAUUAUUACACUAAAUCGCGAGAUUGAACAGUUAAAAACUAAGCAAAAAGUUGAACUUCAAGAAGCAGAAACUCAACAAUAUGAUAUGGAAUCUAAGUCAGAGAGUUUGAAUUCAAUCGUUCAAGAAUAUAUGAAUUUAUCUAGUUCAGAAACAGAUCGAAGUGUUGCUGGAAAACUGCCCAGCAUCAUAGAAAAAGUAUCUCAAAGCAAAAAUGCACAGGCAGAGAAUUAUUUAAAAACAGUAGGAUUUCCAAGUAUCGAUAUUAUGUACGAAAAGAUUGCAGAAAUCCAGAAAAUAUGGAUUAAUAGUAAUGAAUUACUUGAUGAAACUAUACAGGAGAAAACGAGAAUUAUUGUUGAACGUGGAAAAAAUAAACAAUUAUAUCAUUUUAGUGAUAGGUUAGACGGUCGUACAGCAAAUAAUGCGUUAAUAUAUCUAAAUCAAUGCGAAAAAGUAGGUCAGAGUCGUGUAAAAGAAAGUGCAACUGAUACAAUCGAAACUUUGAGAGAGUAUUUAAGUGAAUACGGCAAUUUUCUUAAUCAAGAAAUAAGUAACAAUUUUAUUUAUGUAUGUAGUAAUAGUGUUGAAGGAGCUCCUAUUCAAUCUUCUCAAGAUUUAGAAAUGCGUUUACAAGAAUUAUCAUCUCUCAAUAGAUUUCCAGAUGUUUUUGAAUGUAUCGAUGGACUUACGAAAGUAGGACAUUGGCAUCGAGAAUUUCUUAAAUAUCAUCGUACUUUAGAUGAUAAAAUGAAAGCAUAUGAAGAUGAUAAAAGAUAUAAAGAAUUAAAUGAUCAAUUAAUAAUCGCGCAUGCAUUAAAGUUGUAUUAUAUUUCAAGAGGAGAUUAUGCAAAUGCAGACAUAGCAUUAUCAGAUAUUCAUGAUGAUCCUUUACAUCCAAGUGAUAAACGUCAAAUUCAACAUGAUCUACAGAGUUCUUUAAAUAAGUUGAUGAAUAAUACUAAGAGUAUUGUAAAUUGGCUCGAUGGAAAAAUCGAACGAGAAGAAGAUAAUCGAUCUCAAACACAAGAAAUUAAAGAAAAUAUUGAUAAAAUUCGAAUUGCUUUAAAUAAACAUAGUAUAGUAGAUCUACUUGAUGAUGGAACUCGAAAUGAUCCUCAAAAUUUUGAUAUAGAAAUUAAUGAAAUUUUAUUCAGAAUUUUCUUAAGAGGACUUGAUUCUAUUGGAGCAUUUAUGGAUGCUGAUAGUUUUUCUGAAGCUGAACAAGGAAUGGAAAAUCUUAGUCGAGUACAACGUGAAUUAGCAGGUUAUUGCACAUCAAAAUGUGUUACUGAAAAAUCUGAAGAAUUAAGAGAGAGAGUUAAUUGUAUAGUUAGUGAAAUAUUAAAACGAAGUGACUUUGCAGAUGUCAAUAAUUACUCUGUCAAUCCGCCUAAAGAUCUUUUAGCUAAACUAAGAAUGGUCGCAUCACAUGGUAGUGCUAGAUUUACUCAAGCCUAUAAUUCGAUGCUAGGAAAAGUUAGACAAAGCUUUAGUUUAGCUAUAAAUGAAGUACGUAAUGCGCCUCUGCAUGAACGUGGUGUAAAAAUACGUUUAUUAAAUUAUGCAUUAUACUUUUUACCUGAAGACUUGCAAACUUAUUAUAAAUUACAAAUCGAUGAAUUAAGCAAGUUAAUUACUGACGAAGAAAAAGCACAUAAACAGGAUCUCGAUGCAUUGUUUAUAAAUAUGAACGAAAAUGAACAUGCUAUCACAAAACUAGGAGAACUAGCUGAUCGAUUUAGAAAACAAAGUUUGCAUGAACUUUUUAAUCAAUUACGUGAACAAAGUUUAAAGAAACUGCAUAUGUAUCGAACGAAUGUGCAGACUUCUUUGGAUAAGCAAGAUAUACAAUCCGCUGUUUCUAUUAUCAAAAAAAUUUCUAUGUAUGAAGAAUCUCUCGGUACCUAUAUCCCCGAAAAAGAUAAAGAAUUCUUUCCAGAAAAUGAAUUACAAAAUGCGGAGGAAGGAUUUCAAAAAAUGUCUCAAUAUUUAUACGAAAAUUCUAAAAAAUGUCAACCUGCCUUGGAAGAAAUGGAUAUUAUCGAAUUAUCUAAAGUUAUGCUCAAUUACAUGUUGAGUGAUGAGACAACAAAAUUCGAAAUAAAACGUGAAGAAUUUUUUAGUAAUUUAAUGAGAACAAUCGAAAUAUUAAGAGCGAUAAAUUUGAAAUUUAAAGAUAUUUUAUCAUCAACAUCAGAAGUAGAUAAGUUACAAGAUUUAAAAACGAAAAUCGAAAGAAUUAGUGAGCAAUUAAUUACUAAAGCAUCAAGAAAAGAACUAUCUCCUAAAGAUGCUGAUGAUUUUCGUUCACUCUUUUUGUAUUUGAUCUCGAUAGCAGCUAUGGUCAUCGAACUUUUCAGGACACAUCCUCUGCCCUCAAGGGAGAUCGAGUGGAAGUUAGCGCCACAAACAACGGGGAACGAAGGCGACCUGGAUGAACUGUCACCCAGACUCCUCCUGGUUGACCAUGAAAGUGCUGAAGAUUUAUCUGGUGAAUCGGAAGGUGAUUCUCUUGAAGUGGUGUCAACUGUUGAGGAAGACGGACAAGAGACGGUCAACAUGGGAACGAAUUUAGCGUUAUAA